UCUAAUCUCUAGGGUUUUAUAAAAAGGCUCCACCUUUGCUAUCUUCCUUUAACAGACUUGCAGUAAUAUAUGCAGGCUUCAGAUUCGAGUAAAAGCUUCGCUUCUCUUCGCCGAUAAUCUAAUCUCUGCCUUGUUUCAGGCAUUAUUAUGAGGAGGUACAGUCCACCAUAUUAUAGUCCUCCAAGGAGAGGCUAUGGAGGCCGAGCAAGAAGCCCACCAAGGAGGGGAUAUGGAGGUGGUGGGGGUUAUGGGAGACGCAAGGAGCAGAAUCAUGGAAGCCUACUGGUUCGAAAUAUCCCUCUUGAUUGCAGACCAGAAGAACUUCGAGUUCCAUUUGAGAGGUUUGGAGUUGUAAGGGACGUAUAUAUUCCAAAGGACUAUUACACAGGGGAACCUCGUGGGUUUGCAUUUGUGCAGUUUGUGGAUUCAUAUGAUGCAAUGGAAGCGCAGCAUCGCAUGAAUGGACAAAUUUUUGCUGGGAGGGAAAUAUCCGUGGUGGUUGCAGCAGAGACAAGGAAAAGGCCUGAGGAGAUGCGGCAAAAGUCUAGGGUUAGAGGACCAUCAGGUUAUGGAGGGCGGUCAUCAUAUUAUGGACGUUCUCGCUCUCGAUCACUCUCCCGAUCACGUUCCCCUCGCCAUCAUUUGAGUUCUCGGUCUCGAUAUCGUUCAAGGUCAUAUUCUCCUGCCUCAAGGCGGCGGGACUACUCUGCUUCCCCAGGUAGAAGGCAUGUUGACCAUCUAAGGUCUCCUAGGGGUCCUCCACCAGGGCAAGAUGGUGAUCGCAUUCGCAGAUCAUACUCUCCUGGUUAUGGUGUGGAUGAAAAUGGCCAUGGUUAUACCGAGAAACCUCAAUAUGAGUCCGAGGAAGCAAGAGCAUGGAGGCCAUCGCCUGGUAGAGCUUCAAGGUCACCCUCUGGAUCUCGAUCUAGAUCAGCUGAUAUAUCACCCAGGCGCAGCAGAUGAGGCAAGGUGGAACAGAGGCUGCUAUUUGGUUGUCCAUUUCCGUAUAGCAGAUUGUAAUAGGAUUUUCUUUCUAGUACCUGAACAUGGUAGAGCAGUAACAGUACUGUUGUGUUGAAUCAUGGGAAAGGAAAAUGUUCGAAGUUUCAUGUAUCCCUAAUACUUGGUUUUGAAGACACCCAUCAGAUGUUACUUCGUACCUCUAAAUUCUCAGAAUCUUUCUCCAUGUGAAAUACUAUGUUUUGCACAAUUAAUUC